UUUGUUUUGCAAAUGAUUGUGACGAUGUCUCUUAUUUCAUUUAAUCAAUUCUAAAAUAUAUAGAUAGAUUAUGCGAAAAUUCUAGUUACUUUGUGGAUUAUAUUUGGUUUGACAUUCAAUUGAAUUGAUUAUUUCCAUAUUUGCAUAGUAGGUUAGGGUUUAUGAGGGGAUUUGUUGUUGAUUGUUUUACUGUUGUUAUUGUUGUUGGUGGUGAUAGUGUAUAUAAAGAGAAUAGAAGAGAAUAGAGAUGGGAUUCAUAAUGGAAUUUGCGAGGCACUUGGUACUGAAGAUGAUGGAGGAUCCAGAGGAAAGGGAUAAGAAGUUCAGGGAGCAUGUAUAUGCCGUGAAAGACAGGUGCGCCAAGACCAAGGAGAUGUGGAGUCUCCCAAUGAGGCCCUAUGGCUUUUGGACCUUUGAGCGCCAUAACUCUCAGCUUGCUUGGGAUGCCCAGAUUAGCCAGGUCCAAGGACGUCGAGACCCCUACGACGACGCCCUCCAACAAUUCUCAGGGAAAUGAAAUUGUCACAAGUUCUUUUGGUGCAAAACUGUGAAUUCCUCUUAUUUCCCUCAUUGAAUUUUCUGUUCCAUUUUUUAUGGAGACAUUGCAGACAGCUGGUUUUGUACUGCUUCAAACUGUUAUCUGAAUAAAGUUUCCUAAUAUUAACUCUGGUAUUAUGUGAGACUCUUAUUUUUCUUUUUAGAAUUUAUAUCAUAUUUCACAAUUGCACUUC